AUGUCAACUUUAGCCAACCCUGCUCAGACUCGCCAUCCUUCCGGCAUGGAUCCACUUCCGAGGGCAGAGUCGACCAACCCGUUCUCACUGAGCACCAGUUCCGUCGAUAAGGAGGAGGCUCGUGAGAUUCCCGUGCACAACCUCAAGGCCAAGUUCUUCUUUGACCGACCUGCCGAAGAUCUGAUUCCAGCCCGUUACCUGCGGAUGGCCCAAGAUUCACCCCUCGUUCAUGGCAAACCCUGGAUCUUCCGCAAUCCCGUGCAAGACUUUCGCCAUGUCAAUCUCAAGGCCUGGAGCAAGACUGAUCUUCGGUAUCAGGCAGUUUUCAAGGCCCUCCGUCAUGUUCCAAAGAUUGAGACGGGCCUGUGGGAUGGAGGCACCGAGGACUGCGAGAGGGAGUUGAUUGAGAACGAUAGUCGCGCCCAGGCUCAGGUGGUUUAUGCCCUGUUAAAUGAUAUUGACAGUGGGAUGGGUCUGAAGAAGUUGACGGCGGAUGCGAAAAGGGUCUUUUCCUUGAAGGCCCGGUUGUUGAUCUACCAGAUGGAAUAUUGGACAGGAUACCGUGAGAAGCAUAAAGACGGACCGGAGACAGACGCAGUCAUCGCUCUUGAGUUCGAUCCUGGACGUGACAACGUGAUACCAAUUCUUCCAAUCGCGGUCACAAAUUACCAAGAACCUCUCGAGGAUGCCCUCGCGAACAAAUUCAAGCUGAUCCUCGCACAACUCCUCCAACAUGUCCGACCACUCCCCGUCCCAGGCGACAAGAUCCCCGACCAAGAGACCUUCCUAAUUGGUCAACAUGGCUCCAAACUCCAUAUCAUGCGCGCCUUCUUCCCAGGCCACAAGCUUUCGAGUCUUUGGUGCCGCCGCGAACUACCCUACAAAGCCUCGCCCAUUCCUCCUAUGCACCCUGCAAGCCGGCCAAGCCCAUCCCCGUCCCCGCCAGAUGGAAGCGCCGCACACAUCGAGCACAGCAGCGAGAACGACGCGCCGCACGUCAGAACGGCCAGCACUACUGAUGCCACCCGCAACCGCAGUAACAGCAACAGAUUCUACACGCCCGAGAACAUCGAGCGCGUACAGCAGCACAUCGACUCCACCAAGCUCAGCAUGCGGGACAACGAAAUGGACACCCGGACUUUCCGGGUCCUCUGUACACGCGAGUACGAUCUCUGGAAAGAAAAAGAUUUUGCUGACGCCGUCAACGUUCUCGUUGCGUUGCAGCUGUAUCUACUCAGCGGCUCUGCUCGCUGUGGACCGCUACAAGCCGUCUUCAACAAGCCCCCGUACCCGCCAGACGACCCCGGAACCCAGCAAUCCGCAGACGAGAACGAGGUUGACGAAGAGGAAGACGAAUUCGAUCUCGAAAGUGAUGACGUGGAGUCCUUGCGUGACAAACUCAUGCAACAGCUAGAAGUUCUGCAGAGUGCGUGGCGGCAACGAAACGCCGAGUGGGCGGAGCAGGAGGAAAAGGCACAGGGUGGAGCGAUGGAUACUCCAGGCGAGGAGUAUGGAGCGCCGCGUCAUUUGGAGGUGUUGCAAGAGCAGAGGGUUCAGCGCACGAGAAGUGCACGGGAGCUGAGAAGGUCGUGGUGGGAUUUCGUUUGGGAGGAUUUGGAAGGGGAGCGGUUGGAGAGGAUUGAGGGGCUUGAGGUUUCUGAUGACGAAGAAGAGGAACUUGCCGAAGACGAGGGGGAAGGGGAAGAUAUUUCCAGAUCGGAGAUAACCAUGUGCAUUCGAGAUUGA